AUGGCUGCAGAAGAUUACGAAUGUGGUGAAAGAGUUGUGAUAAAUGUGAGCGGAUUAAGGUUUGAAACUCAGUUAAAAACUUUGAAUCAAUUCCCACAUACAUUACUGGGAAGUCCUUCAAAAAGGAACAGAUACUAUGACUCUUUGAGAAAUGAAUAUUUCUUUGAUCGAAAUAGGCCCAGCUUUGAUGCAAUUUUAUACUUUUACCAAAGUGGUGGCAGGUUACGCCGGCCUGUCAAUGUUCCCUUGGAUGUGUUUUCGGAAGAGAUAAAAUUUUAUGAACUGGGUGAUCAGGCAUUUGAAAAAUUUCGUGAGGAUGAAGGAUAUAUUAAGGAAGAGGAGGUGCCAUUACCUCAUAACGAGUUCCAGAGACGCAUGUGGCUUUUAUUUGAGUAUCCUGAAAGUUCAACAGCUGCCAGAGUGAUUGCUAUUUUGUCUGUUGUAGUGAUUUUAUUAUCUAUUGUGAUAUUUUGCCUUGAAACCUUACCCGAGUUCAAGCAUUACAGAGUGGUCAACACCACGCUCAAUGGUUCCGAGUCCAUUGAAGAGGAUGAUAUUCCAAAAUUCAAUGAACCCUUCUUUAUCAUAGAAACAUGUUGUAUAAUUUGGUUUACUUUUGAGCUAAUGGUGAGGUUUGCCUCCUGUCCAAGUAAAAUGGUUUUCUUUAAAACCAUCAUGAAUGUUAUUGACAUUGUUGCUAUCAUUCCAUACUUUAUUACAUUGGGUACCGUCAUUGCUGACGAAAGCAAAAGUAACAGUCAAGCAAUGUCGCUAGCUAUUCUUAGGGUGAUAAGACUUGUGCGUGUGUUUCGAAUUUUCAAAUUAUCUAGACAUUCGAAGGGACUGCAAAUUUUGGGACAGACGCUGCGAGCGAGUAUGCGAGAACUUGGAUUAUUAAUAUUCUUUCUGUUCAUUGGAGUUAUAUUAUUCUCAAGUGCUGUGUAUUUUGCAGAAGCGGAUGCGGAACAGUCGCACUUCAAAAGUAUUCCCGAUGCGUUUUGGUGGGCUGUUGUGACAAUGACUACAGUAGGUUACGGGGAUAUGAGACCUAUUGGGGUGUGGGGCAAGUUAGUGGGAUCCCUGUGCGCUAUUGCUGGUGUCUUAACUAUAGCUCUCCCUGUUCCAGUCAUUGUGUCAAACUUUAAUUAUUUCUACCACCGAGAAGCUGAAAAUGAGGACAAUAAGAACUACCACCAUGUUCAAUCUUGUCCAAACUUUGAGAGAAAGAAAAGUUCAACUGAUUCAGAAUGCGGGUCAGACAUUAUGGAGAUUGAGGAAGGUAACAAUAUGCAUUUAUGUGAUAAACCAAAAGAAAAUCAUGCCAAUAAAAUAAAUAACCCAGCUAGUACCAACAAUUUAAGCAUCGAAACUGAUGUCUGA